GGAAGGCGAAUCACAUUCCAUCUACAUACCGCUCUCCUUCACCCGCCGGUUAUACAAUGCAACCUUGCUUCAAACAAAGACUACGUAUGGUUUUCGAAUCAUGUUCCAAUAUUUGUAUCUCUAUUAUGAUGAUGAUAAAUUCCAAAUAGGGACAGGUAACGAUCCGUCCGAUAUACAGUCUGUCAUCACAACUAUCCAUGGACUCAUAGACUACAGUUAUUAUGAUGUCUAUGUAGAUACCGAUGAGAUGUGGAUUGCUGUCAUAGGAGGAAAUGCAUCCGCUAGGAUUGAAAUGGAUGUUGAGAUCAUUUCCGUUGACCUAUCAAAUCUACUACAAUGCAGAACCUCUGGUAUCUCCUUCACAACGAAUGAUUUGUGUGAUGGAGUCUUUAAAUGCCCAGAUUUUGCCGAUGAAGCGCAAUGCAGUCAUCCAUCAACGUUCCUUCUCGAAAACGAAAACCACACUAUUACGUUUCCAGAUAUCUAUGAACAAAUGUAUAAUGCAUCAUUUCUCAAAACAAACAGUGCGAAUGGAUUUCGAGUAAAGUUUUUGGCUAUCUACCUUGAGUGCUAUGCUCAUGAAUAUGGUUACACUAAUUACUGCGAUGACGCGAACAUCCAGAUAGGUACGGGUAACGAUACGACUAACAGCCAAUCGAUCGUCAAAACUGUCCGUGCGUACACAUCUUAUGAAGACGAUGUUUAUGUUGGCUCCAAUGAGAUGUGGAUAACAGUCGUUGGUUUUUUGAGAUACAGACCCUACACUUUCUACGGCCGUGUCGAGAUUGAAGUCACCCCUAUCAGCUUAUCAAGUAUGAGUCUCUGUUCAAACUCUGAUAAACUACUUCUCCAAGGUGAAAUCUGUGACGGAACAUAUCAGUGCGAUGAUUAUUGGGAUGAAAAAUCAUGUAGUAAGUAAACAGAUUUGUUUCAAA